GAUAUUAUUGAUAAGAAAGUCCGUGAAUUUAUUUGGGUUAAUCAGAAGGGUCGUAGUAGUAUUCAUUUGGUCAAUUGGCAAUAUAUUUGUCUUCUGCUUGAUCGAAGAGGAUUGGAGAUUCGAUCCAGUAGACAUAUGAAUACUGCUUUCCUUGUAAAGCUUGGUUGGCGUCUGCUUAAUGAAGAGGAUAGCUUAUGCGCUUGGAUUUUGAAUGAUGGUCCCCUUGGUGAUUUCGCUAUUCAACCAGUCCCAAGUUGUAUCAAACAACUCACAGUUGCUCAAAUGUGGGAUGGGCAGAAUUGGAAAUGGGACAUGAUUCAUUGCUUUCUUCCUGAUGAGCUUCAGGUAUGUUUACUGUCAAAUCGGCUUAUUUGUAUGCUUCUGCUAGUGAUUCUGUUUCUGUUCGAAAAUAAAAUCCCUCAACAGAUUAAGGUCUUUUUAUGGGGCUUUUGA